UCUUUCAAAAUUAAGUCCAUUCAGAGUCAAGACAAGCUGUCAAAAAUUUUAUAUGGUACAAAGGGUGGCCUAACUUGAUUGCCAUUUUGGGUGGAAAAAAAAAUAAAGAUACAAAAUUGGACUUGGGUUUUUCGUGUUUGAGGUUUUCAAGAUCGGUUUUUGAAGAAUUCAGGAAAUAUUCCAGAAGAAAUGGGAGGAUCACCGAAGAACUCUCUCGUUUUUGCCUAUUAUGUUACUGGUCAUGGAUUUGGCCAUGCCACUCGUGCUGUUGAGGUGGUGCGUAAUCUUAUACAAUCUGGGCAUCAUGUCCAUGUGGUUUCUGGUGCUCCUGAAUAUGUUUUUACAACUGCAAUACAGUCACCCAGGCUUUUCAUUCGCAAGGUGCUGUUGGAUUCUGGGGCUGUUCAAGCAGAUGCUUUGACUGUUGACCGCCUUGCCUCCUUGGAGAAGUACAUUGAAACAGCAGUUGUGCCACGGGCUUCCAUUUUGGCAACAGAAGUAGAGUGGCUGAAAUCUAUCAAGGCUGACUUGGUGGUUUCAGAUGUCGUCCCUGUUGCAUGUCGUGCUGCUGCAGAUGCCGGAAUUCAUUCAGUUUGUGUAACCAACUUCAGUUGGGAUUUCAUCUAUGCUGAGUAUGUGAUGGCUGCAGGAUAUACCAACCGUCCAAUAAUUUGGCAGAUAGCUGAAGAUUAUUCUCGUUGUGAAUUUCUAAUUCGUCUACCUGGAUAUUGCCCAAUGCCUGCAUUCCGUGAUGUUGUUGAUGUGCCUCUUGUUGUGAGGAGGCUACACAAAUCCCGAGCAGAGGUUAGGAAAGAGCUAGGAAUUGGGGACGACAAAAAAGUUCUUCUCUAUAAUUUUGGUGGGCAGCUAUCAGGAUGGAAUCUGAAAGAGGACUAUCUACCUUCUGGAUGGAUAUGCUUGGUAUGUGGUGCUUCUGAAGAUCAGGAGCUUCCUGGAAAUUUUUUAAAGCUCCCUAAAGAUGUAUAUACACCUGACGUAGUUGCUGCUUCGGACUGCAUGCUUGGUAAAAUAGGAUAUGGCACAGUUAGUGAAGCUCUAGCAUAUGGAGUGCCAUUCAUUUUUGUGCGCAGAGAUUAUUUUAAUGAAGAACCAUUUUUGAGACAUAUGCUUGAGCACUUUCAGUGUGGUGUUGAGAUGAUUAGGAGGGAUCUUCUCACUGGACACUGGGCCCCAUAUCUUGAACGUGCUAUAACCUUGAAACCCUGCUACAAUGGUGGCAUUAAUGGUGCUGAGGUGGCUGCCAACAUACUACAGGAUACGGCUUCAGGAAAAAGUCAUGCUUCUUGUAAGCCUAGUGGAUCGAGGAGGUUGCGAGAUGCAAUUGUUCUUGGGUAUCAGCUUCAGAGAGUUCCUGGUAAAGAUAUAGCCAUCCCUGAGUGGUAUGCAGUAGCGCAAAAUGAACUAAGUUUUCGAAGUGCAUCGCCAAAUGAUAAAUCAAGUCCAGCUAUCUCAUGUACAAAAGAAAUUGAAGACUUUGAAAUUCUUCAUGGAGAUCACCAUGGUCUGUCAGACACAAUAAGUUUCCUUAAGGGUUUGGCAGAAUUACGUGCCUUAGCUGAUCCUGUGAAUCAUAACACACACCAGUCCCGCGAGAGCCUGGCUGCUGCAGCACUCUUUAACUGGGAGGAUGAAAUAUUUGUUGCUAGAGCUCCAGGAAGAUUAGAUGUAAUGGGAGGGAUUGCAGACUAUUCAGGGAGUCUUGUUCUGCAGAUGCCUAUUAGGGAAGCAUGCCAUGUUGCCAUUCAGAGGAAUCAUCCGAGCAAGCAGAAGUUGUGGAAACAUGCACAGGCCAGGCAGCAAAAAGAAGCACCAACCCCUGUAAUCCAGAUAGUAUCGUUAGGAUCAGAAUUGGGCAAUCGUGGACCAACGUUUGACAUGGACUUGUCAGGUUUAAUAGAUAGUGGCAAACCUAUAUCAUAUGAAAAAGCACGAAAGUACUUUUCACAGGAUCCAUCACAGAAGUGGGCAGCAUAUGUUGCAGGUACAAUUUUGGUGCUGAUGACUGAAUUGGGUGUUCGUUUUGAAGACAGUAUCAGCAUACUGGUAAGCUCAGGGGUUCCAGAAGGAAAAGGGGUAUCCUCUUCUGCUGCAGUAGAAGUUGCCAGCAUGUCGGCUGUUGCAGCUGCUCAUGGAUUGACCAUUGCCCCGAGAGAUCUUGCUUUGCUUUGCCAGAAGGUAGAGAAUCAUGUUGUUGGUGCCCCAUGUGGAGUGAUGGAUCAGAUGGCUUCUGCAUGUGGUGAAGCAAACAAACUUCUGGCAAUGGUUUGUCAGCCUGCUGAGGUACUAGGAUUGGUAGAAAUCCCGCCCCAUAUACGUUUUUGGGGGAUUGAUUCAGGAAUACGUCACAGUGUUGGUGGUGCAGAUUAUGGAUCUGUGAGGGUUGGUGCUUUUAUGGGUAGGAAGAUAGUGAAGUCUACUGCAUCUGCACAGAUUUCUUGCUUGUUAGAAAAUAACUCUUCCCAGCAAGUCAAUGGGAACACCUCAGAUGAAAGAGAGAAGGAUGGAAAUAAUUUACUUGAAACUGAGGCUUGUCUUGAUUACUUGUGCAACCUGUCACCUCAUAGAUAUGAGGCUUCCUAUGUUGAUAAGCUUCCAGAGUAUUUGCAAGGGCAGGAAUUUUUAAAUAAGUAUGUCAAUCAUGAAGAUUCUGUAACAGUUAUAGACAAAAAGCAUACCUAUGCAGUGAGAGCACCAACCAGGCAUCCUAUAUACGAGAACUUCCGAGUCAAGGCCUUUAAAGGAUUAUUAUCUGCUGCUCCCUCUGACGAUCAGCUUUCUUCUCUUGGAGAAAUAAUGUAUCAGUGUCAUUACAGCUAUAGCCACUGUGGACUUGGGUCGGAUGGGACAGAUAGGUUGGUGGAAUUGGUACAACGACUGCAGCAUUCUAAAUCGGCAAAAUCUGAAAUGGGUACCUUGUUCGGGGCAAAAAUUACUGGUGGCGGCUCUGGAGGAACAGUUUGCGUUAUUGGGAGGAACCUUCUGAGAAGCAGUGAACAAAUAUUUGAGAUUCAACAAAGAUACAAAGCUGCCACAGGAUUUUUGCCAUUUAUAUUUGAAGGCUCGUCACCUGGGGCAGGAAAAUUUGGUUAUCUGAAAAUUCGUCUCAGAUCCCGUUCGCAAUAAUGCUAUUCUUCAGGAUUGAGCUUUUCAAGCUCUAAAAUAAUUGCAGGAAGGGUUAUGGCUCAGAACCUUUCAAUGCGAUUGGAACACUAAAUUGCUUCUCCACGGGGGAAGGGAUCGGUUGGGUGGUUCGGAGGAAAGGAGUAUAAGUGAAAGGUCCCGAGUUCAAGUUCUCCCACAUACAUUAAGAAAAAAAAACCCUAAAAAAAAAUGCUUCUCCAUAUUGUCAUGUCGGUGAAUUUGUCUCUUUUUUUUUCCUUUUUUUUUUUU